ACUCAGAAAUAUAUAUUCGUGGCGAAUGAUUCCUCUGAUAACUUACCCGUAUGCAAUCCAGUUUAUGAUGAUUUCUUUAAUUGGACUUGGACAUAUAGAUUUGAUUCUACAAUAUCAUAUCGUUUCAUCACGGUUUACAAUACAGACUUCGAAGAACUCGGAAACCAUUUCCGAUGGAACUACAACAUGAAACCAAUAGACGCUUCUUUAAAGUCACAAUUCGUCACUAAAAGUAAAGCUGCAGUCAUUUUUUUAGAUAAAUGUGAGAGCAGAAGCAAGAGAGAAAAUUUGAUACAAGAUCUUCAAAGGAAUUUAGCAAAGUAUAACCUUGACGUCGACAUUUUUGGUCCGUGUGGUUUGAAACAGUGUAAACGGAAGACAAUGAACCCUUGUUUCUGGAGGUUGAGAAAGAAUUACUACUUCUAUCUUGCAUUUGAAGAUUCUCUUGCUUAUGAUUAUAUAACGGAUAUUGUUUUAUAUGCUUAUAAUAACAAUGCUGUGCCGAUCGUAUAUGGUGGAGCUAGAUAUGAUAGUUAUCUACCUCCAGGAUCUUAUAUAAACGCACUUAACACAAGCGCAAAGGCUCUAGCGGCCUCUAUGCAUGAUAUUAUCGAGAAUAAAGAGAAAUAUUACGAUUUUUUCCGUUGGAAAAACUACUACAUCAUCAGCAAAUCGCCCAUACUAAACGCGUGUGCCUUAUGUGAAACAUUGAACAGUCCGGCGCGUCUCGUUCAAAAUGUUGUCAUUUCAAAGUUCAGAACAUGGUGGAAUAACAUAGUUUUUGUGCUAUAA